UUAUGGGCUUAGCUUCCUUUAAAUAAUUACCCAAAUGGGUUUGAAGCCCAAUCAGAAGUGAAGUUUCGGACUUCGAUAAGGAAUUUGUUGGGAUAUAGUGGUAAGAGACUGAAGUCUCUCUGCAAGCUAGAGUUCUUCAACAGAUGAAGACAAAAAGUCUUUAGUGACAGAUAAAUGUUACUUGGAACACAUUGUAUAAACCAUCAAACGUUUUAGACAAAAAAUAAACACAAUGCACUUUUUCCUCGAGGAGUGACUGAUAUUUGAGAUGUUAUACUUAUACAUGAAGUACGAUGGUUCUGUAAGGAGAACACGGCCACAGAUCCGCGGACACCGGUGUAGGUAGGCCGUGUGUUUGUUGAAGGAUUUCAGAUGAACAAAUAAUAAAAUAAAGGUGAAAAUUGUAAUUUAGUCACAUGAUUUUUUUUUUGGUGGUAAAAGAAAUGAAAAUAGCAAUUUCAGAAUCCCCAUAACUCAUAGAGUAAUAGUAUAGUUUUAAGGAGUUUACGUGGCUAAUCUAGUUACUUAUUCUUGAAUCUUCCGCUACUCUACUAUUAAGUGUACCGUUUCCUUAUAUAUUAGGUCAAUCGUUAUACAUACAAAAACCAUUCCAAGUUUUUUUUUUCUUUUCUUCUCAUAGUCACCAUUCCAAAAGCUUUGUUUCAAAAAAGAUACAUAGAGCAACAAUGAAAAGAUACAUUACUUCUUCUAGAAGACUUUUUAUGUGUGUUCUCUUUAUGGUGUUGUUAUCUGAGACAAUCACAAACGCUUUGGUGAAACUGCCGGCAAACAAAACGAUACCGGCAAUAAUAGUGUUUGGAGAUUCAAUUGUUGAUGCCGGAAAUAACGAUGACAUUACGACAACGUUGGCCAGAUGCAAUUAUCCACCUUAUGGAAUUGAUUUUGACGGUGGAAUCCCUACCGGAAGGUUUUCCAACGGCAAAGUUCCAACUGAUUUUAUAGCGGAAGAACUGGGAAUUAAACCAAGUGUACCGGCAUAUCGAGAUCCGACUUUAAAACCUGAAGAUCUCUUAACCGGUGUAACAUUUGCGUCUGGUGGUGCUGGUUACGUUCCUCUCACAAGCCAACUAUCGGGAGGAAUAUCACUAUCACAGCAACUGAAAUUGUUUGAAGAAUAUAUAGAGAAACUGAACGAAAUGGUUGGUGAAGAGAGGACAAAGUUCAUAAUGCAAAAUAGUUUGUUCAUGGUUAUAUGCGGUAGUAAUGAUAUAGCAAAUACAUACUUUGCCCUUCCUUCUGUGCAACGCCAAUACAACGUCGAUUCCUUUACCACUCUUAUGGCUGACAAGGCUCAAUCUUUUGCUCAAAAACUACAUGAAUAUGGAGCGAGAAGAAUACAAGUAUUCGGGGUGCCGCCACUAGGAUGUGUGCCUUCACAGAGAACAGUGGCAGGAGGACCAACUAGGAGUUGUGUUGGAAGGUUCAAUGAUGCAACAAAGCUCUACAAUGCUAAGCUUUCUGCAAAUUUGGAUUCUUUGUCAAGAAACUUACGUGAAAAUACAUUAAUUUACAUCGAUAUAUAUGGUUCUCUUCUUGAUAUCAUUCUAGAUCCUCAACAAUAUGGAUUUCAAGUGGUUGAUAGAGGGUGUUGCGGAACCGGACUAAUUGAAGUUGCUGUGUUGUGUAACAAUUUCACUGCUGACAUAUGUCCGAAUAGACAUGAUCAUGUGUUUUGGGAUAGUUUUCAUCCCACUGAGAAGACGUACAAGAUUAUGACCGCAAAAUAUUUUGAAAGAGUUCUCAACAAAAUAUUUUAGUUUAUGGGUUGCACAUGCAAGUUGUAAUCUGAAUGAUCAUUUUCCUCCUUUUUGGCUAUUUAUCAUCUUAUAAGACGUGAUAUCCUGAUGUGCGUCUAAAAGCAUAUGAUUAUGAAUUAUGGGACAAUUUCUAUCCAACUAAAAAGAAACUUAGAGAGUUAUGAUUUAAUAUCUCUUUGUUAUCUUGUUGGAUGUUUUCUUGUGUUUUUUUUUUACUUUCUCUUAUAUAUUCUUUUUUAUAUUA